UUCAAGAACUCGCGACGCGAUUCGCAUUCUCGUUCGCGCGGUGUCAUCGAGCAGGCGCGUUAGCGAUCUCUCGGUUCCGCGAUCCUUCCGAAUCGUUCAAAAAUUUUCAAUCGGCAAAAGUUGGUGUUCAAUUUCGACGAGUAAUCGAUUAAAUGGACUAUUAAUUAAUUCGUGUGCUUGUGCUAAAGACGUGUUAAUUAUUGACUAAAACCAUCGGAUAAGUGUCACGGGAAGAUCGAUUUCCAAUCCUGACGGAAGAUUGACGAGAAGCAAGCGAAUCGAAGAAAUCGGCGGAAAAAUGUCGCGAUUUGUUUGGUCUACCGGUAUCUAUCAGAAUAUAAAGUAGGUUAACGAUUUUGUCGAUUUGACAAAAAUCCGUGAUAAGAGUCGCGAGUGUAUGCGUACGCAUGUCACUCGGGUUAACUCUAUCGAGGCUCUUUCAUUUCUAAUUAUCGAAAACUUUGCGAUUGAACAAACGAGACAUGGACAAACGAAGAUCGUCGACUGUAAAGUGAUAAGCGAUACGUUCGAUUGGAAACGAGAAGCUGACGGAUAAAAGCAAAGUUGGAGAAUUGACGAGGAUCGAUGAUUUCUGUUGCGCGAACAACUGACCCCGUUUGAAAGCUCGUCGAGAAUCGUUUGCAACCGACCGAUAAUAUAUAAGUGCAGAUAACGCGCGAUUUAAGUGACGUUUCGUCAGCGAGAGAGCAAGUGAUCCGUCCGCGGCUAGUGAUCUUAGUCUUUACUGGGUCAGACAGUUCAUUCGGGUCGAGAUGUAUCAACGAGUGGUACUGUUGAGCCUGCCGAAGGCUCAAUCGAUCGACAUUGAAUUCUCUAACAUCACGUACGAGGCGCGACCCGGUUUCCGAGGACCAAUGAAAAAGAUCCUUAAAGGUGUCAGCGGUUCCUUCAAGUCCGGCGAACUGACAGCGAUCAUGGGACCUUCGGGAGCCGGUAAAUCCACUUUGCUGAACAUCCUGACAGGCUUCGAGAAAAGUAAAUGGAAAGGACAGAUCAAUUACAUCGGAACGGAAGGUCAACACACGUGGAACGAGUACAGGAAACAGUCUUGUUAUAUCCAACAAGACGACAAACUGCGUCCUUUGUUCACCGUCUACGAGACGAUGUGGACGGCGAUCGAACUGAAGAUCGGACGAAGUCUCAGUCGAAAAGGGAAAGAGAUGGUGAUCGACGAGGUUCUGGAGAACUUGGAUUUAAGCAAAACGAAGGAGACCAGGUGCGGCCAGUUGAGCGGUGGACAGAAGAAGAGGCUAAGCAUAGCAUUGGAACUGGUCGACAAUCCACCGGUGAUGUUCCUCGACGAACCAACGACAGGUCUCGAUGCCCUUUCCUCCCAUCAGUGCAUCAGAUUAUUGCAAAGUCUGGCGAAAGCUGGUAGAACGAUCGUUUGCACGAUCCAUCAACCGAGCGCCGUCGUUUACGAGCUCUUCGACAACGUCUACCUCCUAGCUGAAGGUAAAUGCAUGUACGAAGGGGCGACCAAGAACACGAUAGCCUAUUUCGCCAGCAUCGGUCUCAACUGUCCCAGGUAUCACAAUCCUGCCGAUUACAUGAUAGAGGCAGUGAGCAAAGAGUACGGUGACUACAACGAUCAGUUAGCCAAACUAGCGAGUAGCAACGAUCGAUCCUGGCGAUCAGACACGUCGCAGACAUUGAAGAAAGAAACGACGAUGCAGAUAAACGAAAACAAAGCGACGGUGUUGAUUCAACCACCUUCGGAAACGGAGAAAUUCUUCGUUCUGCUGCAUCGUUGCGUCGUUCAACUGUCGCGAGACUGGACCACCACUCACCUGAAGAUGGUUCUUCAUCUACUAGUGGGUAUUUUACUCGGUGUCUUGUACACCGAUUCUGGCGAUAACGGCAGUAAGACGAUCAUGAACGUCGGAUUCUUCCUAGUCACCACUGUUUAUCUAUGCUACACGAGUAUGAUGCCGGCGGUACUGAAAUUCCCUUCGGAAUUUUCGACCUUGAAGAAGGAAAGGUUCAACAAUUGGUACCAGUUGAGGACCUACUAUGCUGCAUCGCUGAUAUGUAGCCUGCCUAUACAAGUGGCGUUUGCUUUUAUAUAUACGUCCCCGUCUUAUUUUCUCAGUAGACAACCUUUGGACAUGAACAGGUUCCUUAUGUUCCUUACAGUAUCGAUCCUGAUGACGAUGAUAUCCGACAGUUUCGGACUUUUGAUAGGAAGCCUAACGAAUCCUAUAAAUGGCACCUUUAUAGGAGCGAUUAUCAUUUGCACAAUGCUGACUCUGGCUGGAUUCUUGGCACAUUACAGCCACAUGCCUAUCGUACUUUAUUAUGUCAGUUACCUGAGUUACUUUAAAUACGGUAUGCACGCUUUCGUGCACUCUGUGUACGGUUUCGGUCGCGAGAAACUGCUCUGCCCGAAGAACUACUGCCACUAUCGAGUGCCCGAGUUGAUGAUGACAGACCUGACAUUGGCAGACGGCAAGUAUUGGAUCGACAUAGUCGUAUUGAUUAGCAAUUACGUCUUAUUCAGAUUCGCAGCGUACUGCACGUUAAAAAGAAAGCUUUCAUCGGCUUGAAAAGAGACAUUGACUAAAAAUUAUGUAUGAAACAACGUGUGCGUGUGUGUGUGUGUGUGUGGAUUCAGACUCGUGACAAUUAUCACCUAAAGGUGACUGGAUAAAAAUGAUUGUGCGAAUAGAAAUGAGCGUGAAUUUGAUUGGAAUUAUCAAUUAAACGAAUGUACUUAUGUCUGAAAUAUCUAAUCGAACCUCGCGAUCCAAGUGGUUUUUAUCGAUUAUUUUGUACCAGAGAAACAUUAAACGAAUUCUCAACAAA